AUGUUGCGCGAUAUGGUGAAAUUGGCGGUUAAACCAUCAGCUGUUCGCUGGUCGUUUAAAAAAAUGUUUCUUAAAUAUUAUCGACAGUUUGUUUUCCAACAGUUAAGCCCGACAUUCAACCGUCAGUUAUCUGUGACUCGCCCAAACUUGAAAUCAUAUAAAAAGUUUUUGAACUACUCAAAAGUACCCAAAGUAAAUAAUGAUGAUCUUGUGAUACAAUACGUUAGAGGUUGGGGUCCAGGUGGUCAAUCAACAAAUAAAACAAGUAACGCGGUUGUUAUGAAACACGUACCAACGGGUAUUGUUGUGAAAUGCCACGAAACGAGGAGUCAGUUUAAAAACAAGGAAAUCGCACUUGAAUGGUUGACAAAUAAACUGGACUUGCAUUAUAAUGGCGAGGAUGCUGUUCAAAAUCAACUAAAAAGGCUUGAGCAGAAAGACAAGCAAGAAAAGGAACAGAAACAAAAGAAACGUGCUCUUAUGAAGGCUGCCUUCAACGAAAGAGAAGGAUUGGAUUAACUAAUGCCUGUUAAAUUGCCGUAGAUUAAGUAUUUUGUAUAGGGAGACGAAUAAAAAGUAUUUUAUUUGUAUUGAAAAUUCAGUUUUUUUCAUUUUUAAUAUUCAAUCACUUUUGCAUUAUUGACAGAUUUACAAUAUUUUUUUAAAUAAAAUUUUCACGAGUCUUUCUCUUCUUGAAUGUAGAAACUUAAUUUGGUACUGCAUUAUAGACAAACAUUUCUUUUCACAUAUCGCUGAUGAUACACGCAAACUCGGAUAGUCGCUCAUACAAACAAAUUUAAUUGAUGCAAGAUGUUGUACUUUUCACGCAUUUUUUUCUCACAACGAAAGUUUUAAUCUAUGAUAAAGCUGUGUUUGCAGUCUUGCAUGUUCUAAAAAAAACAAACAUUGUUCAAGUAUUACUGAUGAAUUAUUGCGUCAACUUAAAAAAUGUAUCUUUUGUGUUGUAUAAAAAAAAGGUUGAUGUACAUACAAUAAAAAAAUACGAGAAAUAGAUUAUUAGUUUUCAGUUUUCCUCGUCUAGGUUAAAUUGAAAACCCUGCACUCGUUGCAUUUAAAGUUUAUAAGUUUCGAAUUUGAAUUUUGUACACGAACUGUAGGUUUUAAUCGAAUCAUUUGAAUGAAGAGGAACAUCUUUUUUCAUGCUUAUUAAAAUAGUAAUAAACAAAUGUGACAAGACCUCAAAGAUCUCAUCAUAAGAAUGUACAAAUAUUGGUAGUAGCAGAGAUCUACUACGAUGUUACAGUAAAAAUAAUAAUUAUAAUAACAUUUUUUAUAUAAUCGUAAAAUUAAUAAAUUCCUAAGUGCCUUUAAGAUUUUAAAUACUACACAUACACGAAUACCGUCUGUACAGAAUGUACAAAAUGAGCUGCGACAGUUCAUUUUCGCGAAAAUUGACAGUCUGGAAGCUCACUGAAAAUUCGCAAGUAAAAAAAAGUUUUUCAAGGUUAUAAAAA